ACCUCACUUGAGUUCAUUCUGAAGAAAACUUGUGUGAAGCAACAGCAAUGGCAGCAACAAAGAUUGCCCUUUCUCUCUUGGCUCCUCAUCCUUCUUCCUUCUCAUCAUCUCCCAAAACACCACUGCCACUGUCCCAUCUUAGCCUCUGUAACAAACUUAAUUCCACUUCUGUCCCUUCCCUUUUCCAAAAUUUACCUCCCAUCAACUUUAACCCAACAAUAAAAACCAGUAGAGUGAUUUUUGUUCAACGAUGCUCUAGUACUGUGCAAGAACUAAUACCGGCGACCGGGUCCGAAAAAACCCAAGAAGAAACUCCCCAUAAGAAGAAGCUUUAUGUGGUUAAUUUGCCAUGGUCUCUCUCUGUUGCUGAUAUCAAGAACUUAUUUGGAGAAUGUGGGACUGUAACAGAUGUUGAGAUUAUAAAGCAAAGUAAUGGAAGGAGUAGAGGCUUUGCAUUUGUGACAAUGGAAUCUGCUGAGGAAGCUCAGGCUUGUGUUGAGAAAUUUGAUUCUCAUGAAGUAUCAGGUAGAAUUAUUAGAGUGGAAUACGCAAAGAGAUUGAAGAGACCUUCACCUCCACCCCCUCCGGGCACUCCUGAUACCGAGACAAGGCAUAAGCUUUAUGUGUCUAAUCUUGCUUGGAAAGUUAGAUCGACUCAUCUGAGAGAAUUCUUUUCCACUAAUUUUAGCCCGGUUUCUAGUAGGGUUGUCUUUGAUGGCCCUUCAGGGCGAUCCUCGGGCUAUGGUUUUGUUUCAUUUGCAACAAGAGAGGAAGCAGAGGCUGCGAUUUCGGCUUUGGAUGGGAAGGAAUUAAUGGGACGACCACUUCGUCUAAAAUUUAGCGAUCAAAAGACCAAGGAAACUGGAAAUGAAAAGCAAGAGGAAAAUGUUGAAGGCCAACCCGAAGAGUAAUAUAUAAGGCCAUUUUUUGGAUUUUGUAAUUGAUUUGCAGGUUGACGAUAGCAGUAUAGCAUCAGCAGAUAUAUUUAUCAUGGAUUCAUGGGCAUUGUUGCGGCCGAAAGCGUUUCCCGUGUUCAUCUUAAUCUGUAUAUGUUUCUAACCUUUGCGAGUGCAUUGUAGUAAAAUUCAAUUCUAUAUUUGCACUUGUUUUAUAUAAUUGGCAUAUAACAUUUCACAAAUUCGCUUACCUGUAUGUGCAAAUCUUGAUGCUCAUUAGAAUCUUUGUUGUAAUUUGUAUCAAACAAAUCUUGUACCAUAAUGUAUUUUAAUCAUAGAAAUUUCAUUAGUCUA